CACUACACCUACUGAGAUGUAGACAGUGCCGUAUAGGCUAUACUGCCGGCAGCAGGUGGAUAACUACUAUCAUUCUAUCAGCUGUGCCUUCUUUGAUUGGGGAAAUAAAAAUCCAAAUUGGGUUAUCAAUGCAAACAGGAUGUUGUCGUGCUGCUGUUCCAAUUCGACGUGUUCCUGGGAACAUAUAAGAUCCCGGAGUCGUAGUGAAACAGCCAACGGCGACGUGAAUGAUUUGGUCGAGGAAGCGGACCAAAGCGAAAUUGUGGCGGACCUAACCAGGAUGGACAUUGCACUUUUGACGGAACAGUACAACUUGACUAAAGAGAAACAAAAGCGCCAGACCCUGGUGGUUUUAUUCAGACAAGUAUCAACUGAUGAUGCAGCAGAAAUCAGUGGGCAAGCCCUGGUCAAUGUAGUCCCAGUCAACCAGGAGAUGAAGAGCAAACACGAGAGGAAGAGGUCGGUCUCAGAGUCUGAGAAUGACUUUGUUGGGGGCCUGGAGAGAGCCCCAUGGCGCAAACCCUUGGGUAUCCACCGACAAGCCAACGUCAUUAUAACACCACAUACAAACCCCAGAAUCACGGGCAGUAAUUCAAGUUUUACAUCGCUGUCUGAAGACUUUCCUGAGACGUCCAGUGAGAAGGUCUUGGGGGAUUCUAUUUCUAUCCAUCCUGUAGAGUUGAGUACCAGUAACAGCAGUUCAGGCUCCAGGAAGUUCUCAGCCCCAGCCAUUUUGUCCAGACAACUGAGUUUUGGGGGGCAGCGGCCGCCUCUUCUCUCCUCUUGCCCCCAUCACCACUACCCCUUCCCCCAAAGAAAAGGACCCAAGAAGUCGGAAGCUGCUAGGAGACUUGGGAUGUACUCAUCAUUCUGAUCAGAUUAUAGGAGAGGGAAAGAGUCCGUUACAGUCUAUAGUGCAAUAGAGAAUGUUUUCUAUGUUUCUGCAGAAUUCAACUAAUCUCGUUGUUGCUAUAAGGGACAUUUAGUAUGCAGCCAUGCAAAUAAUAUCAUGUAAGAUGCUGUGCCUUGCCCUAUAUAGGAUCAUAUGUUAACGUUCGGGUUUCAUCACAGCUGAGACGGGGAUCCAUCUCCACCCAUUGAGUGAAAUACUCCUCAAUGUCUUGAAAUGUAAUUUUUUCCCAGAGAGCAAACGAUUAGGCCUACAGACAAUGGUGCGAUGUUUUGUUUUUAAUUACAGCAUUCAUCCCAGGAAAAUAUUCAAGAGACCAUUUACAGAGCAUUGUUAGGGUAAUAACAGGUGGAAUAAAAUAUAACUAACGCAGGCAUUAUUUUUAUUACUACAAACCCCUUUUAAACAGUGUGUGUUUGAGCUACAUGGGUUGUGCCAUUGGAUUUGUCUAUUUAUUCUGUAUCUGUACAUACCAACCAUUAGUCUGUGUGAUUAACGGGGGCUGAGAGUGGUGUUUGUGAGACAAGGGCGGAUCCUGAAGGGGCCCGGGUCUUUUUUUACAAAAAUGUCUGUAAAGUCUGUAUGGUUUGAACUACACACUUUAAGCCAUUAUGAAAAACUGAGACUCUCACGAACAUGCACAUGUUUUGCUCAAGAGUCAUUAGAAGGUAAAGUGGUUCUUCUACAUAGAAAAUCAAAGGAAAUCCCAUGACAUAGUGUCUAUAAUACUGUAAUAAGCUCACAGUUUCUGUCCCAAACACCACACAGUUGUCACUGACUAGUUGGAUAUUCAUUUCCCAGUGAGGAAACAAUUUCUAUAGUUAAAAAAUUUACAUAAAUUCAUUUAGUCAGGUUUUUGCUUUGGCCGAGCUUCUUUUUUGUUGUUGACAUUUGUCAAUUAAACUCAUGAAUACAACUGUUUAUGUCAAAUUAGCUUGUGUUCUACCUGUAGCCCCGGUUGUCCUGAAAGGAAAAUGGUAAAACACUUAAUUGUGAGGUUAAAUAUAACGGCUGGACAUGCAGAUAAACAAAAGUCAGAUUAAUGAAAAUACGAUUUUUACUGGUGUCUCGGGACUGAUAGGGUUCAAUUAAAACACAGGAGGUUGGUGGCACCUUAAUUGGGGAGGAAGAUCUUGUGGUAAAGGCUGGAGCGGAAUACAUGGAAUGAUAACAAAGACAUCACACACACACGGGUUCCAUGUGUUUGAUGCCAUUUCAUUUGCUUCUUUCCAGCCAUUAUUAUGAUCCGUCGUCCCCUCAGCAGCCUCCACUGGAAAUAAUAACAGGCUGUUGCCACUGAACAAAUAUGUGACUUGAAAGUGACUGAUUAUUGUGCAUUUUAUUGUCAUACAAUAAGAUGAAUCCCAGCAAUACAGAUGGAAUGUGAAGACAUGAUGUAUUAAUUAAAUAUGGUAGCCUGUAUACAGUACUACUAAAUACAUAAUGAUCAUUUUAAAAUCA